AUGUUAUCCUACCCAGAAUAUUCUUCACACGUAACGAAAAAACCAGAGCGCAAUCCAAAAUAUGGGAAAAAAUCUUGUACCACUGAAAUUUCUUUUUACAAUAGUUCUAAAGCCAUCAAUUCGAUUUUGUAUGACGAUGACAAAACUUUGGAAAUUAAGGAAAAAACAGUCGAAAUUGAAUAUGACUAUGACGAAACUUUGGACAUCAAGGAAGAAAAUAUACAAGAUCGAGAGACGGAAAAAGUUACAAGCCGAAGAUUUAAUACAAAAUAUGAGUCCAAAGUAUGCAGCGUAGAUUUAGGAGAAGAUAUUUUAGCUGUUAACAUAGAACAGCAGAGUCACAAGCAGCAGGAAAUGAAGAAUUUAAAACCAGAAAUUCAAUACAAAUGUAAAAAGUGUGCGCGAAGCUAUAAAAAGAAAUCUUACUUGACUUUUCAUCGAAAAUACGAAUGCGAUGUCCUUCCACAGUUUGCAUGUCAUUUCUGUGGGAGACGGUUCAAACAAAAAAAUAACAUGAUUCGACACGUAGGUCUUGUACAUCUUAAAUCAAACACAAAGAUAUCUAAAACGAAGUAUAAUUGUAACAUUUGUGAACGGAGUUACAAAUACUUACGGAGUUUAAAUCAACAUAAGCUUAUAAAACAUGCAGGAAUCAUACGACAAUUUGUUUGCGAUUAUUGUGGACACAAAGCGAAUCAGAAAUAUUACUUGGCAAUACACAUUCAUUCUCACCAUCUCAAGUAAUUUAUUAGGCAAAACUUUAAUCCUCACAAUAUUUAUCAUGCAAAUUGAUAUCUCAGGGCAUCAGAAAAAAA